GCGUUUGGCAAAUACCCUUAACAAUGCGCGUCUAACGUUGCAGCACACAGCUGCACUGCCUCUCUUGACGAGUUUUCUUUCCGGAUUGUAUUUCCCUGCCCCUCCCACUGCUUUAGAGCGACAGAAAUCAACAUAGUGUAGGGUUGCGGGCACAGACCCGGUAUUUCGGAAACAUGUCUUCAGACGCGCACUACCAGAGUGCCGCGAGCCUGGUGCAGACCGUGCAGCGGUACCUAACCAAGACAAAGUCACAGGAGCUGCUGAUCCGCUCGACAACGCUAAUCUCCAUCUACUUGCUGGCGUUCUGCAUCCGCCUGUUCUCCGUGCUGCGUUAUGAGAGUGUGAUCCACGAGUUUGAUCCCUACUUCAACUACCGCUCCACCAUCAAGCUCGUGACGGAGGGCUUCUAUGAGUUCUGGAACUGGUUCGAUGCGGAGUCGUGGCACCCGCUGGGCCGCGUGGUGGGCGGCACCGUGUACCCCGGUCUCAUGUGGACGGCCGCCAUCCUGUACAAGGUGUCGUCCUUCCUGACGGCCUGCAUCAAGCUGCGCGACAUAUGCGUCUUCACCGCGCCCUUCUUCGCCGGCAACACCGCCAUGGUGGCCUACCUGUUCGGCAAGGAGCUCAAGGACACGGAGACGGGCCUGGUGGCGGCGGCGCUCAUGGCCAUCGUGCCAGGCUACAUCUCGCGCUCGGUGGCCGGCUCGUUCGAUAACGAGGCCGUGGCCAUCUUCGCGCUGACCACCUGCUUCUACCUGUGGGUGUGCGCCGUAAACCGCGGCACCAUCGCCAGUGGCGUGUUCGCGGCCUUCGCCUACCUGUACAUGGCGGCGUCCUGGGGCGCCUACGUCUUCAUCUCCAACCUCAUCCCGCUCUACAUCAUCAUCAUGUUCUUCAUCGGCAGGUACUCCCGGCGCCUUUAUGUGGCCUACACCACCUUCUGGGCGGUGGGCGGCAUCCUGGCCAUGCAGAUCCGCUUCAUCGGCUUCAACCACGUGCUGUCCAACGAGCUGCUGUCCUGGAACGCCGUUUUCGCAGCGCUGCAGGUGUGGGAGCUGAUUGUCUUCCUGCGCGCCAAGCUGGGCGACCGCAAGUUCGGGCAGCUGGCCUACCUGCUGGCGCUGGGCGCGGUGGGAGCAGGCGCCGGAGCUGUGGUCAUCCUCAUCGCCAGCGGCAAGCUCAACCCCUGGACCGGCCGCUUCUGGACUCUGCUGGACCCCACCUACGCCAAGAAGUUCAUCCCCAUCGUGGCCUCGGUGUCAGAGCACCAGCCCACCACAUGGGCCUCCUACAUCUUUGACCUGCACGUGCUGGUGUUCGCCGCGCCCGCCGGCCUCUACUUCUGCUUCAAGAAGCUCACCGACGGCACCAUCUUCCUCACCGUGUUCGCGUUGACCGCCAUUUAUUUCUCGGGCAUCAUGGUACGCCUUAUGCUGGUGGCGGCGCCUGCAUUCGUGCUGCUGUCCGCCAUCUCCAUCUCCAACACCCUGGCCUCCGCCUCGCGCGAGCUGCGCCUGCACGCCGCCGCCACCGAGGCCGCCAAGUCCGCCCCGGCAGCGGAGGCCGCCGCCGCCGCCGCGCCCAACAAGAAGCGCGCCGCCGCCAAGCGUGCCGCUGCUGGUGCUGACGAGGACCCGCUGCCGUCCCGGCCGGCCGCCAACUGGGCGAUUCUGGGGCUGACCGCGCUGGCCAUGAUGAGCUACGCGGGCCACUGCAUCUGGGUCACCUCGGAGGCCUACUCCUCGCCCUCCAUCGUGCUCAUCAGCGGCUGGGGCCCGCACCGCCACGUGCUGGACGAUUUCCGCGAGGCCUACUACUGGCUGCGCCACAACACCAAGCCGGACGCCAAAAUCAUGUCGUGGUGGGACUACGGCUACCAGAUCACGGCCAUGGGCAACCGCACCGUCAUCGUGGACAACAACACCUGGAACAACACGCACAUCGCCACCGUCGGCCGCGCCAUGGCCUCCAACGAGACCGAGGCGUACAAGAUCAUGCGGCAACUGGACGUGGACUAUGCCCUCGUCAUCUUCGGCGGCAUGUCCGGAUACAGCUCGGAUGACAUCAACAAGUUCCUGUGGAUGGUGCGCAUCGGCGGCGGCGUGUACCCCGACCACAUCAAGGAGGCCAACUACCUCAACAACGGUGACUACACCGUGAGCGAGCGCGGCACGCCCACCAUGCUCAACAGCCUCAUGUACAAGAUGUCCUACUACGACUUCGGCAACAUCAUGACCGAGCACAACAAGGGCACCGGCUACGACCGGGUGCGCGGCUACGAGAUCGGCCAGAAGGACAUCUCGCUGGAUCACUUGGACGAGGCGUUCACGUCCGAGCACUGGAUUGUGCGCAUCUACAAGGUGAAGGACCUUGAAAACCGCUUCUGAUGAGACGGAGCAGAGCGCGGGGCACCUCCAAGAAUAGCAAGGUAGCUUAGCGCAAUACACUGUAGUAAUUGGUGGCGGAAAUAGCUUUAAGGUGGACGUCGAGACGGACCGUGGAUAGUCAUAUGUGUGUGGCAUAGGAUCGUGUUUGCUAAGAUGGCAAGUCCAGGGGGCUUGCAAGUCAGGGGAACUGGGACAGUCUUCAUGGGCAUGCUGAGGCAGGGUGGUGGGGAGGCCGGCGAGUGGGCGCCGCCGGCACGAGCAUGCCUGAUACAGGAGGCGAGAAGUAUCGUUACUGAGGGUCAAGAAGCAAGGCACGGGUUCCUUGGGGUGUUUCGCCGUGAGGCCUGGCGGUCGUGCCCCUGUAAAUGCGUUGCGACACGCCCCUGCUUCUUGGCCGGAACCAGCCGUAUGGGAGCUGACUUGAUGGGGGGCAUCCUCCGAACCCCUCAAAGGCUGAGUCCGCGCAGGCCAUGACAUGUAUAUUGCCAC